AUGGAAGAAUUAAAAAAAGGAGAUAUAAUUGCUGAAGAAUAUGAAAUCGUAAAUCUAUUAUCAUAAGGAUCUUUUGGAAAGGUUUUUUUGGGAAAAUCACGAUCCAAAAAAAUUGAGGUCGCAAUUAAGGUUGAAAAGAAUGAAGUUGCUCAUCUAAAUAGUUUAUAGAAAGAAGUAACUAGUGCUUCUUAUUAAAUACAAUUUAGGUUAGAAUAUUGAAAUAAUUAGAAGGAAUUGCCUAAAUUCCAAGUGUUUUUUGGAAUGGUUACUAUAAAGGAAUGGAUAUAAUAAUUUUAAAUAUGCUAGGAAAAGAUUUGAUCUAUUAUUUUCAUAAAUUUAAGCAUUUCUCUUAUUAGUGUAUUUGCAAUAUAGCCAUAUAAAUGAUUGAAAUUUUAGAACUAAUCCAUAAAAAGUAACAAAUAAAAUUUAUAAAAUUUAAGAAAUAUUAUUCAUAGAGAUUUAAAACCAGAAAAUAUUUUAGGAUCACCAAAUUCUUCAAAAAUAUAUCUAAUUGAUUUUGGUAUUUCAAAAGAUUUAGAGUAAAAUAAAAAAUCUAGGGAUAAAUUAUCUUUUAUUGGAACAACCAGAUAUGCUAGUUUAGCUGCUCAUUUAGGAGUUGAAUAAAAUAAAAAAGAUGAUUUAGAAUCAUUAGGAUAUAUCCUUAUAUUCUUUAUUAAUCAAACUCUACCUUGGAUGAAUAUAGAUAAAGAUGAUGUAUAUAGAAUUGAAAAAAUAGGACAAAUGAAGGAAGAAAUUACAUUAGAAUAAUUAUGUAAUGGUUUACCAUCAGCAAUAUUAAAGUACUCCUUUUAAUAUUUAGAUACAUGAAAUAUGUGAAGUAAUUAUAAUAUAAACAGAAACCUGAUUAUUAAUCAUUAAAAAGUUUAUUUAUUAAUGAAAAUCAAAUAAGUAAUGGUUUGAUUUUUGAUUGGAAUAAAAAGGAUUUCUAAGAAUAAAAAUAAAAAUCAUCAAAAUCUUUAAAAUCUUUAAAUAAUAUUCAAAAUACUAAAAGUUAAUUAAAUAAUAGAAAUAAAAAACAUUUUUAAUCUAUUCCCAAUAUUUAAAGAGAAAGUUAAGUGAAAAUAUCAAGUAAAAAAAAUUGUAGCACUUUUGGUUAAAAAGAAUCGAGUGAUGAACGUUCAAAUUCUAUAAAAUAGGUUUCUAAUUAAAAAAGCAUUUUUGUGGACUACUCAAUUAGUUAUGAAUAAACUAAAAUUUCAAAAAUUUCACAAUAUAGAUAGAAAAGUCAAAAAAGCAUUUUUGGUAAAAUACAUCAAAAAAGUUAAUAACUUAAAGAGUCUUCUAUAAUACCUAUCCAAUCAGAAUAAUAAUUAUAUGAAAUGGAAGAAUCAGAUUUAGAACUAAAGUAUAAUUUAUUGCAUUAUACUUCCGUAUAUUAUAAUUAUAAAAAUCCAAUCUAAGAGUUUAAAGUUGUUUAAUUUAGCUGA